AGCUUACGCAGCGUAAGCGGCCAGUAGGGCGGCAGAGUGCUGUGACGUCACUUCCUGACCGGUAGUAAUGCGGGAAGUUUGGUCUCACACAGCUUAACGCACAGCCAACAACAAACUGCAAACUCCAGAUGCCUCCUAAAGGAAAGGCGGCCGGCAAAGGCAGAGCUCCGGCUAAGAGGAAGCUGGCAGAGGAGUUCCCCCCUGGAGAAGUCCUGACAGACACUGCGAAGAAGUCCUGGAAGCUGGGGGCUCCGAUCGGCCAGGGAGGAUUUGGUCUCAUAUAUCUGGCUGAUGAGAACUCUGCAGGACCUGUGGGUGCUGGAGCUCCCUACGUCAUCAAAGUGGAGCCCAGUGACAAUGGACCUCUGUUCUCUGAGCUCAAGUUUUACAUGAGAGCUGCUAAGCCUGAUCUGAUUCAGAGCUGGAUCAAGUCUCACAAGUUGGGAAAUUUGGGAGUUCCCAGGUACUGGGGCUCGGGCCUGCAUGACCGAGGAGGGAAGAGGUACAGGUUCAUGGUAAUUGACAGGCUUGGCACAGACCUGCAGAAGAAGUUUGAAGAAUGUGGGAGGAGGUUCCCCAGAAAACUGGUCCUGCAGCUCGGCCUCCGACUGCUCGAUACUCUGGAGUACAUCCAUGAUCAUGAGUAUGUGCAUGCUGACAUUAAGGCCUCCAACCUCAUGCUCAGUCACAGCGAUCCCAACCAGGUUUACUUAGUAGAUUAUGGGCUGGCGUAUAGGUACGCACCUGAAAAUGUCCCGAAAGAGUACAAGGAAGACCCGAAGAGAUGUCAUGACGGCACCAUAGAGUUCACGAGCAUCGACGCCCACAAAGGAGCAUCUGCCAGCAGACGGAGCGACCUCGAGAUCCUGAGCUACUGCAUGGUCCAGUGGCUGUGUGGACGUCUGCCCUGGGAGGACAAGCUGCAGGACCCCGUCUACGUCAGAGACUCUAAAAUCAGGAGUCAAGAAAACAUCCCUGAAUUUCUGACCAAGUGUUUCUCCCCUCAAGACAAGCCAGAUGAGAUCCAGAGGUUUAUGGAAGAGGUCAAAUCUCUGAGCUACGAAGACAAACCGCCGUACGAGAAGCUGCGCUCCAUCCUGAAGGCUGGACUGAAGGCUGUCCAGGCUAAAGAUGACGGCAAGCUGGAGUUCACUCCAGUCAAUGGAGCCGUACCGCCUCCUGCCAAGGUCACCAAGAGAAAGAAAGCUGCAGUUGAGGCAGAGGAGAGUGAGACUGAUGGAAGUCCUGUCAAGAAAAAAAGAGUCGCAAAGAAGAAAGAAGCAAAUGGAGUAAGGAAAAGUCCCAAAAAGGCUCCUAGACCAAGGAAGGUAGCCAGCACUGGAAACCAGGGUGACCCCAAAUCCAGAUUGGUGGACAUGGGCACCCAGACGUCACCUGUACCCGCCCAGAAACCCAGAGGCAGACCCAAGAAGACCACCUCCUAAGGAUCCACCUGGAUCUUACACUCCUCCCUCCAUCCUCCUGUCUGCACUGUGUUUCUAAAAAAUAUACUUUUUAAGGUUUUAUAGGUAGAUUUUCUAUCUGUUACACAGGGAAAUAUGUUUAUGUUUGAUUGUAUUCAUGAAGCUGUUGUAAUAAAGAAGAAGUUAAAUUGUGAAA